AUGAACCACGCAGUCCCGGUGCUGCGACCCGCGUUUCCUGCUCCCUUUGAGCACUCUCCUGCCUCCCCGCACGGCGCCCGCCGCGGCGGUUCACCACCUCCCCCGCGGCGUUCGUUCUCUUUCUCGCACUCUCGACUUUCUGGCGCCUCGCCGCUGGCGGUGUUGGCAUCGGCCGCCGCGCCCCCGAUGAGUCCUGCGUGCUUUUUGACUGGGGACGCGUUGUCCGCGAGCCUGUCUGGUGUGGAGCCCAAGGCCCAGAAGCCGAUCCGGUCGGCGAGCAAGAGUCUUGGACAGAAGGCCCCCUCCUCCUGGGCAGUCGGCCCGACAGACACAGGCAGAGCCCUGAGCGCGCCGGGUGGGCCUCGAGCUGCAGGCGACUUCCUCUCUGGAGGCUGCUCGCUGGAAGGCGCCAAGGCGAAGACAGAUCUGCGUGGAGCCUCCGACGACGAAGCGCUGAAUCUUACUGCCACGAACCCGUCCUCGAGGAAGGCCACUCACGACCGCACCGCAGCCGACAUGUCCAGCAAGUCUUACCGUACCGUAGAUCCCUGGGCGUCCUUCGACGCCUCGGGGCGGCUCCGCGGGGGAAGGGCGACCGGUGACGGAAAGGCGCCGUGGCAGGAGCCGCAAAAGACGUGGGGAGCAAAAGGGCAGCCGGCAGGGCCUGCGACAUCUUUUUAUCGCGGGCGGAGCGAGGGCACAGAUGUGCCCGCGGCGGACGCCCCCAACUACCCCUACGUGGCGCGACCCUCCAACGAAUCCUGCAGCACCGCCGCGUCCUACUACUACUACGGCGACGCUCCAAAGGCCGGCGCCGCGAGCUGGGGCAGGCUCCAGCUCUCCGACGGCAUCCGCUACGCCUCGGCGUCUCUUGGCAAGAGCUUCUCGGGCACGGAGGUUCCUGCCGCGCCCCUCCCGCACGCGGAGGGCCCGGCCGGGCUCCACGCCUCUGCGUCGCUCGGCGCGGACUUCUUCCGGUCGACCGCCGAGCCGCUUGGCGCCGUGGGAGCUUCGGCGGUGGUGCCCGCGGUGCCUCACUACCCCUACAGUCUUGCCGACCCCGCCCUCAGCAUGGCCACGCCGAUCUUUCAGAGUGUGCACUACUCGCAGCCUUACCUGUCCUCCUCUCUCGCCAGAGGCAUCGAAGGCAAUUGUGACUACGCUGUGGACGCGCGCCAAGCCCUUUCCGGCCUCGGAUUAGUGGAGGAAUUCACGGAGUUGGCGUCCUCGACGCUCCAGGUCGAUGCAGCAGGAGGCCCCUGGGCCAGCGGGAAUUCGCUUCCGUCUGUAGAUGGGGUGGCGUUACCAGGUAUUUUCCGCGUGGCGGAGCGAGGACGACGGGCGGAUGCAGGGCCUCCUCCGCAGACCUAUACUGUCGUGCCGGGAGGUGUCGCGCCGAGGAUUCAGGCUGCUGCGUCCGAUGUCGCGUCGCGUACCCUGUGGCGUGCGGCGGGGCUUGCUCCCCCAGACGGAGGCCCUCGGAGCAGCCAGCCGCAGGCGCAAGGUGCCUUGCCGUUUCCAAACAUCUCUUCAGUGUUUUCUUCGGGGAAAGAGGACAUCGCCACUCUCUCAUGUGAAAAAUCAUCAAUCCUCGCGGAUUCCUGCGCCGACACCGCCCCCGAGGCGCCUCCAGCGAUUCGCUCGUCUGCCUCGGUCUUUUCUCAGCUGAGCCUCGAUCCCAGGCUUCUGAUUCCCUCGCAGGCUGCGACGAGGGGUCGCAGAGACAGCGCCGGCAGUUCUGUGUAUCUCUAUCCGACCGGCGCCGCCGUAGGACUGGGGAGUGUGUAUCGGCGCCUGUCUCUCCCCGCGACCGCUCUCUCGGUUGGAACUUCAUGGGCGAGUGCAGGCGGGUCCCACAGCCAGACGGUUUCGGGUUGGGUCUCGCAGGCCUCGCCCGCAUGCCUAGGAGUUUCUGGCGAGCAUCCGCAGGUGGCUGCACCACAGCCUGGCGAGAAGGCCGUGCGCCCGUCGAGCCAUUCUUCGUGUGCCCCUGGACUCGCGGAGGGGACCCUCACUCGCCGUCAGCUGCAGCCUAGAAAGACCCCCGUCUGCAGCCUCCCGGUAUCGUUUUCUGCGGCGUCGAACGGCGAGGGCACGCUGCAGAAUGGAGGCGUUUGCACGCCUCCUCUUCUCCCGUCCGUGCCUCUGUUCUCUGCGUCUCACACGAGUGCGGGCGACGCGCAGCCUCCUGGGACUUCGGCGGCUGUGGGGGCGCAGGCGCCUGCGCACGCGGAGCGGCGAGGACGAGGGCCGUUAUCGCAGGCGUCGUGGAGUGAAGAGUCGCCCGUGGCUGCGGCCGGCUGCGUCGAUCGGACGUCGUUUCAGGGCGCGGCAGAUCUCGGGGGGCUUUGCGCGGAGAGAGGCGAACGAUUGGAAUCGAGAUCUCGUGCGCUGCAGUGCGGCGCCGAAGUCAGUGGAGCCAGCACGCCGUGGUCGGUUGCAGCGACCUGCAACAGCAGUCAGGGCAGCACCUACGGUAGGGGCAGGAAGAAGGUGCUGCUGUCCUCGCCGUCCUCUGCUACCGCACCCGGCCGCACUUCGGUGUCUCUGGAAGCGCGCAGCGGUGUCGCCCGAGCCUCGUCGGUCGAGUGGGACGAAGCGACCGCGACGAAGUCUCGGCGCCGGACGGCCGCUUCGGCUGGGCGCGCCGGCGCCGCGGCAGCGCUGGCCGCGAGAAAGGGGGAAGAAAAUGCUGCGGUAAAAACUCACGACCUCAUCAAAGCAGACGGUGGCCCAGGCCGUCACCCCACAGCCGCAGACAGCCACCGCGGAGGUUCAGGGUGGCGGCAGUCGGCGACGGAACCGAGUGCCGCACGCCAGAGUUCCAGGUCGGCGUGUGCGGCGGCUGGGCGCCUCGCUACAGGGCCUCGGAAGGACGCACGCUGCCGAGGCUUCUCGAAGGAGCGACUGGGCUCCCAGGCGCAGCAUAUCGCCCCGCAGGAGAGUGGAGGCCUGCAAGCGUUCCUCGACGAUGCCGUGGCGGCCAUUAGCGCCUUCUUCGGCGGACAACCAGACCUCGAGACCGAGCCACGCGCCCAGCCCGGCGCUAGAAGGCAGCGCGGAGGCGCGGGAUCGAAGGCGAGAAGAAGCGAGACUGAGGGCGUCCGCGGCUCGCCUGUCGUCGGCACGAUCAACGGCUUCGCCUACCCUGGAGGCUGCGACGGCGCCGCAAGUUCUGCGGGAGCCCUGUCCGGCGCGCCAGUUGUUACGUCGAGGGUUACGACGACGCGGCGUCUGCCGGCCGUUCCGGUCGCCCCGCUGGACUCCUCCUGCCUCCUGUCGUCAGACCCUCGCCACGACAGCCGCCCAGCCGUGAAGCUGUCGCCAGUGCGCAACGUGACGAGCGGCGUGGCCGCCUCGGGCCCGCAGGUGUCUCCUGUGGAGCCGCUGGAGCCGGUCUGCCCGCCGGUCGCGCAGGCGCCCGCGGAGGCUGCGCCUGCGUCGCCUUCGCCCUCAGCGUCGCCCGUCCCUGAGAAGGCACUUUCUGCAGCUGGGUCGUCGCUGCAGUCCACGGACGCGUCGUCGGACCCGCUGGCCACGUUCGGCGAGCGCGCGGCGCGCGUCGGCAAGGCGCUGAGUCGCCGCGAAGAGCGCAGUCGCAACGAGGUCGAGGAGUCGCUGGACGAGCGGUCGCUGGCGGACGAGAGUCAGUCGCCGGCGUCGGCCGUCCCUCUCUCGGCGCGCGUGCAUCUCUGCUGCGGCGUCCUUGCGCGGCUGAUGAUGCGUCCCGCGGGCUCGCUCUGCCUGGGCAGCCCCACCGCCGGCGGCAGCCUGGCGCGGCUGCCGUUCGCGUCGGCCGCCUUCCACAGCUUCCCCAGUCUUUCCGGAGACCGCCCGCGUGAGGAGCGCAGCAGCACGCUGGGCAUCUGCUCGGUGCUUCUGGAGACGACUGCCAAGCCCUCGAACCGCCGCCGCCUACUGUCGCGGCCGAUGCGCCUGAUUCACGUAAACCGCUGGGACGGCCGCGAAGUCCUCACCGUUGAUGAGCAGGCGCGCAACUUCCUCAACGAUCUGGGGACACAGCCGGUCGCGGUUAUCUCCGUCUGCGGCGUGGUGCAGACCGGCAAAUCUGCGCUGACGAAUUUGCUGCUCGACGAAACGCACAUGCUGUCGCCCAGCGGCUUCCCCGUGGGGACGCCUGCCAAGCUGGAGGGCGAGAAGAAUCCCGCGAGCAUCUCCCUCGGCGCCGGCGCCGGCGGCAGGCACUCCUACGACGCGCCGCAGGCCGGGUCGGGCCACGGCAUGAGGGAGGAGGACGAGUUCGAUGGCGUGGAGGAGGCCACUGAGGCCGGCAAGCGAUUCGGCAAGCGGAGCGUGCACGACGGCUGCACCGACGGCGUCUGGAUUCAGGCCGUCGCCUCAGCCGCAGGCGGCCACGAGGGAAAGGACGACAUCACCUUCCUAGUUCUCGACUUUGAAGGCGUCGGAUGCACGCGCAAGACGGUUGAGCACGACCAGCGGCUCUUUACGCUGGCCAUGUUGGUGUCGCACUAUUUGAUUUACAACACGCGCGGCGUGUUAGACGCCGACGCAAUUUCGAGUCUGGCGGCCGUCUCAAUGUGGACGCAGAAGCUCGUCCACUCGAGUAGCUGCGACGCCAUGCGAGACUCACCCGGGUCUCGCGCCGGCUCGAGCCGCCUGUCCCCGAGGGCCGGAGGCUCGCCUUCCCAUGCGCACGGAGGCCCCUCGGUCCCGUCUGGCUGGCGCGCGCCGUCGCUGCUCUGGACGCUGCAGGACUUCAACUAUACGCUGUUUGACGAAGACGAGUACCCGCUGACGGAGGACGACUACUUGGAAGCUGUCGUCGCGACCGCGACGCGCCCCGUCCCUUGCUGUUUCCCGUUUUCCUCCUCGUUCGCGCUCGGCUCUGGCGCCUGCGCGUCAAGUCGCGUCUGCGCGGAGUUGAACCUGCCGCACAUUCGCAUGCUUCGGCAGCAACUGGCGACGUUGUUCACCGAGCGCGCGUGUUUAGCGUUCCCCCACCCCAUGGGCGACUACGCGCCAGCGGACCUUUUCGUCGACGGCCUCGCGUCGGGCGACCAGACGCCGAGCGCGGCGAACUUGGUGGGCGGCGGCUGCGACUUUCUGGCGGCCGGCGACUGCGGCGGCAGUUCGCGAGCGACCGUAGGGGCCUUGCUCAGUCGCGCAGGCGCGGGCAACUCGUCCUUCGCCUCUUCGUUCCCCGCGGUCUCGCGCAAGGCUGGCGGGGAGGCAGCUGGUGAAGCCUCUCCCAGCCGCCAGGGCAGCGGCCGUGUCGGCAGGCGCCGCUCGUCUUCGCAGUUUACCUUCUUCGACGCGCCCGCGCCCCGGGGAUCUGCCUUCUUCUCGGCGUCCUCGCCGCCAAUCGCUGGCGCAGAGACGCAGCGCGAGAGCGGCUGCGGCGUCGCGCAGUUUGACGGAAGGCAGUCUGUUCUGGAGACUGUCCCGGUCGCGGACUUCCAGCCGAUUUACCGCCGGCGCCUGCAGCAGGCGAAGAACCUCGUCUUCAAGGAGUGCCGUCUGCGCGCGGCCCAGGAAGUGCCCACGACCGGCGCGAGCUUCGCCAAAGUCCUUCAGAAAAUCAUCGACGGAAUCAACGACGGAGAAGUCCCUGAGGGCAGCUCAGUCGUCGUCGGCGUGCAGAAGGAAGAGUGUCGCCAGUGGAAAGAGAAAUGCGAACAGAACUUCAUGGCGGAGCUCCGGGCUGCCUUCCAGAGUCGACUGCCGAUCUCGAACCGCGAGCUCCAGGAGGGCGCCCUCGCCCUGCAGAAGAAAGCUCUCGCCCUCUUCAAAAUGCACAUUAUUGGCGACGACGACGUCGUGCGAAGCUACAAGCAGCAGCUGAAGGAUCGCCUGCGCAAGAUUACAGACCGGGCUAUUGAAGAGAACGAGAGACACGGAGAGUGGAAGGCGCGCUCUCGAUUGCGUGGGGUGCGCGAGCGCCUCAACAUUGAUGAGAAGCUCAACGAGAGGCUGUACGACAGCAUGGCGCAGGUCAACGACGACGUGGAGCGCCUGAAGCAGGAAUUCAACGCAGACCUUCGAGGCCCGAGCCACGUGUUUGAGCGCAUGCUGAAUGACCAGAUUGACGAGCUUCUCGCGAAGGGCAGCGAGAUCGUGUGCGAAAGUCUUCUGGAUCAGAGUCGCCAGGCAGAGAGAGCGGUCAGCGAGCUGCAGCGGAAGGCGGAGGAAGCGGAGCUGACGCUGGAGAGGACGCAUGAGCUUCAGCAGAAGCUGCAGACUCGUGACUACGAAGCAGAGCAACUUCGGCGCGCACUGGAGGAGGAGCGGGCGAGGCGACUGAGCACAGGCAGCGGCUUCUCGGAGUACGAGGACGAAUUCGGGCGAUACCGGACUCGGCGAUCGACCAGCAGACGCCGCGGCCGGUCGCGUAUCGGCGUGAGUAGCCAGAGCAAGUGCCUUGGCCAGAAGAAGUGCACAAUUAUGUGA